AUGCGAGCCGCUAGUAGUAAAAUGUCAACCAUGUUCCGGACCAGUCACAUCUUCAUUUUGAACAUGUCCAUCCUCUUCGGCGUCUUCCCAUUGCAUCGGGUCCAGGGCACUUAUUCCUUUUCCUGGAAACUCUACCUUUACAGCCUCUUAGUGUCUGCAGUUACUUCAUCAUAUGGAAGUUGGUGGUCCUACUUAACGCUGAGGGACAACCCUCUCUCACUGCUCCUAGUUAUGGACUUGCUCGUGUUCUUACUCCACUGCACUACGUGGAUAAUCAUCUUGCUGCUGUACUACCGUCACAGGUUCUAUAUGCAGAGUGUCAUCUUGGAUCUUGAGGUCCUCCACAGUCGUAUUGGUACUACUUCCUACGUCGGAUCUUACAUGGCCGGUAUCGCACUUAUCUUAGCCGUGCAUAGUUUUCCGUUCUUGUACAGGCUGCUUUCUAAUUACAGGACCAUGCUUUUUAAAACAUCCGUUUUGGUAUUGCUGGAAUUAGUGUACAUGAGUGCUCCGAUUCUGCUCGCAAGUCAGUACGCAAUCCUCUUGCACAUAGUCAGUCGACAACUGUUCACUAUAACCGAUCACAUGAAAAUGGCCAACAUUAACUUUGAAUUCCGCCAAAUUUUGAAUGUUAACAAUUCAUUAAGACUUCUAGCGGACAGAAUCAAUCAGGCUUUUGACGUAUACCUAUUUCAAUCUAUUGCGUUUUGUUACGUAAUUACCUUGCUCAGGCUGUACGCAGUGAUAGUUUGUAUCGUUGCUCCUAAAACUUGUGAUUCUGGUAAUGUUCUAUUCGAAUCUGUUGUGGAUACUCUAAGAAACUGCGGGAUUGUGCUCCUAGUGGUGUCUUCGGCAGUUGAGGCCACAAAUAAGGCAGAAGAUUUCAACAGAGAACUCUUCAGGAACAUUAUGACUAGAAAAUCAUUGUCCAAGGAAGUUAACAUAUCGAUGUACUUGACAACGAGACGGGAAAUAAAGGCAAACCCAUGCAACUUUUUCACUCUCGACUUUUCUUUAUUGACAUCGAUGGUGGCAGGAACAGUAACAUAUGUAACGCUACUUGUGCAGUUCACUUUGCUAAAAUAA